AUGAACAAUAUUACUGCAGUUACAGCAUUCGUUCUCAAGGGCUUCACAGAUGACACUCAGCUGCAGACCAUUCUCUUUUUCCUGUUUCUAGCUAUUUACUUUUUCACUCUUAUGGCAAACGUAGGCCUGAUUCUAUUGGUCAUUGAGGAUUCCCAGCUGCACAACCCAAUGUACUAUUUUUUGAGUGUGUUAUCAUUUGUGGAUGCCUGUUUUUCUACUGUAAUUACUCCAAAAAUGUUAGGAGAUUUUAUGUCAAAAAGGAAGGUCAUUCUAUUUCCUGAAUGUGCAGUGCAGAUGUUUCUUGCUGUUACUUUUGGGACCACAGAGUGCUUUAUCUGGGCAGCAAUGGCUUAUGACCGCUACGUAGCCAUCUACAACCCUCUGCUGUACUCCGUGAGCAUGACCCCCAGGAUCUAUGUGUCACUCAUUGCCGCUUCCUGUGUUGGGGGACUUUUGCAUUCUACAAUACAUACAGUGGCCACUUUCAGCCUCUCCUUCUGUGGGUCCAAUGAAAUUAGACAUAUCUUUUGUGAUAUCCCUCCUCUUCUUGCUAUCUCCUGUUCUGACACUCAUAUCAAUGAGCUUCUACUCUUCCUCUUUGUGAGCUCCAUUGAGGUGGUCACCAUCCUGAUCGUCCUCAUCUCUUAUGGUCUCAUCCUGUUGGCCAUUCUGAAAAUGCCUUCUACUGAAGGAAGGAGGAAAGUGUUCUCUACCUGUGGCUCUCACCUAACUGGAGUGUCGCUUUAUCAUGGGACAAUCCUCUUCAUGUACGUGAGACCGAGUUCCAGCUAUGCCUUGGAGCAUGACAUGAUAGUGUCCAUGUGUUACUCUAUUGUCAUUCCCAUGCUGAAUCCUGUCAUCUACAGUUUGAGGAACAAAGAUGUCAAAGGGGCCUUAAAAAGACUGUUCAGAAAAUGUGUGUGUAGGGAUAAAACUGAAUUUUUCUCAGCAAAAUUUGAGCUGAAUAAUCUUGUUUUAGAUAAGCAGUGUUAG